AUGCUGGGUUCUUUUCUUUCUAGGCUACUUAUAAUGACAUUUGGUUACGCUUAUCCGGCUUACGAGUGCUUUAAGAUUGUGGAAAAGACCAAACCAGAGACUGAACAACUUCUCUCAUGGUCCAAAUACUGGAUUUUGGUUGCUGUGAUUACUGUUUUGGAGAGAAUUGGAGAUGUCUUUCUUUGUUGGUUACCAUUGUACAGUGAAGCGAAGUUGGCACUGUUUAUGUACCUAUGGUCUUACCAAAUGAAAGGGACGAAAUAUAUUUACAGUAGAUUGUUGCAGCCUUUUAUGAGGCGCCACGAAGCGGAAAUUGAUCGGAACAUAAGUGAAUUGAGAAGUAAGGCAUUAAGUUUUGCAUUUUAUUAUUGGAAAAAGGCUUUGGACGUUGGACAGACCAGAUUCUUGGAGAUCUUGCAGACUGUUUCUACUCCUCAUAACCAGCAUAAUUGA